GCGUCCGAGGUGUCGUGACUCGUAAGCGCGAACCCGGAGCGGACGGAGUCGGAGCUUCUUUCCCUCUCCCCCGUGGAGCUCUUGAAUAAAAUAAAAUUUAAAGAAGAAAAUCGCAGUCGGAGUUUAAAUUCGGGAGACAAAAGUGGUUUUUUUACUCGGCCAGAGGAAUAAAACAGGAUUUCCGCUGUAAGGCGCGAACCGGUUGAAGCGCAGUGAAGGACCGAGGUGAUGAGAGACGGAGCGGAGUCGGUGAAUCGGUUGCGGAGUCGUUUGGCAUGUUACAUCGCAUUUGGAGGUUUGAUUUGCAAUGGGUCGUCUCCACUAACACAACGUUACGUGUCAUGCCGCACUAGCAACGUCAGUGCUUGGACCCGCCAGUCGCUGCUCGCGUGCAUUCGUUGAACAUUCGGUCUACAGCCUUCAUCCACUUAAAAAGGUUGUACAUGUUCUUCCUGCGUGGGUCUUUUUUUACUCUAGUUCUCCAAGUUAUUACGCUCGUCUCUCCAAGUCGUUCUGUCUCUAUCGUACUGAACCCGACUCGCCGGCGAGAGCUGCAGCACGCCGUCUGGACUCCUCGAAGCCUAGGAGCGUUGGGUUCGGGCUUUGUGCCCAGUUUUCAUCUGGAGUGUUGAUGAAACCAGAGCUUGAUGAGUCAUCUCUCACCAUCUGCCGGCGCUCUUAAACACACCAGAUACGGCUUAGUUUUCUCUUCCCUGCCUACGUGCGUAUCUCAUAAACCUCAGCGAGAGAGAAAGAGCAGCAGUGCGCCGCGGUAAAGGCGACUCCUGAGAUGGAUUCCCGAUGUUAAAGUGUGAAUUAAAUCUUGAGCAAGAGGUUCUCGAGGCUAAUGGUGUGACUCGGAGGCCUCGCUGCCAACAUGGAUCAUUAUAGGUGACGAAAGCUGAUGAUGGAGCACGUAACGGCAAGAAGUUUGGGACGGUGGCAUUGAGGAAGACUGAACCGAACCGAUCCUCCUCGUGCCACUCCUAGUCAGCAUGUUGCGCUUGCUUUCGCUGAAGCUCGCCCGUGUGUACCGGUGCAGCAAGUUCCUUUUCAUUGUGGCCCUGUUUGUCGUCUUGCUCAUGAACACCCACAACUUGCUCGCGUCCUUCCAGAGGAACGAGCUCACCGACCGCCGCUUCAUCGGCCUUAACAAAUGCCCGGCCUGCUUCGGGACCAGCUGGUGUCGCAAGUUCACGAACGGCCAGGUGACUUUCGAGACGUGGGGGCGGCUACGCUUUCUGGACUUCUUUAACGUGAAAAACGUCUACUUUGCUCAAUACGGCGAGCCCAGGGAAGGCACGCGGCGGGUGGUGCUCAAACGCUUGGGCUCCAAUGCAGAACUUGCCGAGAUCGAUCAGAAGAUCUGCAAGAGGGCGACGGGAAGACCUCGCUGCGACCUCGUCCAAUCCAUGUACAAAACAGAGUUCGCUCGGCUCAACGGGGACGUGAGGUUGCUGACACCCGACGUGGUGGAGGGCUGGUCGGACAUGGUGCACUGCCCCUCCCAAAGACUCCUAGAUCGGGUUGUCAGGAGGUAUGCUGAGACCAAAGACUCUGGAAGCUUCCUCUUGAAGAAUCUAAAGGAUACUGAGAGGAUGGAGCUACUGAUGACUCUGGCGUUCAACCCGGAGCCCUUGGUGCUGCAGAGCUUCCCCUCUGACGAGGGCUGGCCGUUCGCCAAGUACCUGGGUGCGUGCGGUCGCAUGGUGGCCGUGAACUACGUGGGCGAGGAGCUGUGGAGCUUCUACAACGCUCCCUGGGAGAAGCGUGUGGAUUUGGCCAAGCAGCUGAUGGACAUUGCUGAGCAGCUCACCAACAACGACUUCGACUUCGCUCUCUACCUGCUUGACGUCAGCUUCGACAACUUCGCCGUCGGCCCGCGGGACGGAAAAGUCAUCGUCGUGGACGCGGAGAACGUCAUCGUGGCCGACAAGAGGCUGAUCAAGCAGAACAAGCCGGAGAACUAUGACGUGUGGUACGAGAGCCGCUACGAAGAAUGCGACAAAGAAGCCUGCCUCUCGUUCUCCAAGGACAUCCUGUGCUCACGCGUCACCGUCGACCACAACUACUACGCCAUCUGCCAGAACUUGCUGUCGCGCUUUGCUGCGUGGCGUGGCACCACCGGCGGCCUCCUCCACGACCCGCCCCCCGACGUGGCCCGGGACGGCCAUCUUGCGGCACUACUGGACGAAUGCGCCAGGCCUCAGAAACGCUUCGGCCGCUUCCAGGCAGCCAAGGAACUGCGCGAGUACCUCACACAGCUAACCGAACAAGCUAGCAUUAAGAGGUAGUACACGGCGAGAGGCGGAAUUUCUCCGCCCCCCCCCCCCCCGCCCCCCCUCCCAGGACACCUCUGAAACAAACUCAGCCUUGUUAAAGUAAAGCGGCAGUGCUCUGAGACGGUACAUUGUUUUGGGGUUUGUUUGUUUUUUGGAGUUGCUGCCUGCUGAAUGUUGUAGCUUUGACAGAUGCUAAUUAAAGGAGUUUUGCACAUGG